AUCGCGACCCGCGUGUCGGCGUCCCUCCCCGCCGCAGCCCAGGGGGAGGGGAGAGAGGAGAUGAGCCUCGUAUUGUUUCCCUCGUAAGCCAGUCCGCCCGGGCUAUGGGCUCCUCGCCUUUGUUCCCCGCGUGAGCGCAACCAGCUCGAGCCAAAGGCAAACGGAGGAGCCCGCCUCCUCCUCCUCCUCCUCUUCGGGGAGCAACAUGGACGUGACCAUUUCCGAACUCAUGGAGCUCUUUCUGCAGAGCCCCUUGGUGACCUGGGUGAAAACGUUCGGACCAUUAGGGAACGAUAAUGAAGACAAGCUCGCCAUGUAUAUGGACCUUGCGGAUGGAGUCUUCCUGAACAAAAUAAUGUUGCAAGUAGAUCCACGACCCACAAACCAGCGUGUCAACAAGCAUGUCAACAAUGAUGUCAACCUACGGAUUCAAAACCUCACCAUCUUGGUCAGAAACAUCAAGACCUACUAUCAGGAGGUCCUCCAGCAACUGAUCAUUAUGAAUUUGCCAAACGUCUUGAUAGUUGGCAAAGAUCCUCUGUCUGGGAAAAGUAUGGAUGAAAUUAAAAAGCUGCUUCUGCUAGUUUUGGGUUGUGCUGUGCAGUGUGAAAGAAAAGAAGAAUUUAUAGAAAGGAUAAAGCAACUAGAUAUUGAAACUCAGGCUGCAAUAGUUUCUCAUAUUCAAGAGGUAACCCAUAACCAGGAGAAUGUAUUUGACUUGCAGUGGCUAGAGCUCCCAGAUAUGGCUCCAGAAGAACUCGAGUCUCUUUCCAGAAAUAUGGUUUUCCAUCUCAAGAGGCUGAUCGAUGAGAGAGAUGAGUGCACAGAGCUCAUUGUGGAUCUCACUCAGGAGAGAGAUUACCUGCAAUCCCAACAGCCGCCCAGCCCAUUAAAAACUUCCAGCCCAGCCUCUUCGCCAAACCCAGCCAGCCGCCUCUCCAAUGAGGACAAACAGCAUCUGUCUGUGGAGCUGGCAGACACAAAGGCUAAACUAAGGAGGAUCAGGCAGGAGCUAGGAAGAAUGGCUGAAAUGCCUCAAUAUGGCAGAAUUUUUGCACCUCAGUAUGGCAGAAUUUUUGUGCCUUUCUCAUUACUGAUAUGGUCAUUGUUUCACAGGAAGUAUAAGAUACUGGAAAGCAAAACUGAAUGUGACCUAAAGACAACGCUAUCCGAUAAAGAAGAGAAAAUUGCUGUGUUGGAGGCCCAGCUGCAAGAGUUUCUCACCUUGAAUCAGCAGUUACAGAAUGAACUAAACACCAUGAGGAGGGACUUUGAAGGUGCCAAGCUGAAGCAAGAGGAUGGAAUCCUUCUGCAGAAUUCAUUGAAGCAGCCCAAUGAAAAUUUGGUUUCCUGUCAUCAGACAAAGGAAAAGUGGGAAAAGGGACACAAAGAAGCAACAAUGGAGCUUCUGAAAGUAAAAGACAGAGCUAUAGAACUGGAAAGGAAUAAUGCAGCCUUACAUGCAGAGAAGCAGCUUCUGAAGGAGCAGCUAAAACAUUUGGAAACCCAGAACACCUCCUUCAACAAUCAGAUCCUGACACUACAGAAGCAAAAUGCCUUCCUUCAAGAGCACAACACUUCCAUGCAAACACAAACAGCCAAGCUCCAGGUGGAGAACUCAGCCCUAAAUUCGCAGAGUGCCUCCUUGAUGGCCCAAAACGCUCUACUCCAAAACCAGCAGCUGACCAAGGAGAACGAAUGUGACAAUCUGUUGAAGCAGAAAGAUCAGCUCAAGGCAGAAUACGAGUCCCUCCUGCAAGACCACGAGCACCUGGCCUCGCUGCAUGAGCGGCAGUCGACAGAAUAUGAAAUGCUGAUAAAACAGCACAGCUGCCUCAAAGCGCUCCACAAAAACUUGGAUCUGGAGCACAAAGAUCUGGGAGAAAGAUAUAACGGCUUGAUACAGCACAAAUCCAAACUGGAGGAGCUGGAAAUGGUUUUAAAAACAGAAAAAGAUGUUCUGCAGCAGGAAAAGAGAGCAAGUGCACUAGUGACCGCGGAGAACCAGAAACUGAGAGAAGAGCUGGAAAGGGUUAAUUUCUUGCACAGCAAGCUCAAAGCAGAAUACGAGGGACUUCACGUCCACACCAAGGAACUGAAAAGCUCCUUGAAUAGCUCCCAGCUACAGCUGAACCACUGUCAAGCUCGCUAUGAUGAGCUGAAGGAGCAGUACCAGACCAUGGACAUUUCCUUGACUAAAUUGGACAACCACUGUGAGCUUCUGGCUCGCCUAAAAGGAAACUUGGAAGAAGAGAAUCAUCAUCUCCUGAGUCAGAUCCAGAUGCUGAGUCAACAGAACCAAAUGCUGUUGGAGCAGAACAUGGAGAACAAGGAGCAGUAUCAUGAGGAACAGAAGCAAUAUAUUGACAAACUGAAUGCAUUAAGGCGACACAAAGAAAAACUGGAGGAGAAAAUAAUGGAUCAGUAUAAGUUUUAUGAUCCGGCUCCAAAAAAGCCAGCAAGAUACGCAGUUCAAGGACAUGCAACAUCCAGGCAAAAUCACUUGAGGAAGGUGCCAGUGAUGGGUAGUGACCUGGGGAAAAACCACUGGAUAGGAGCUAGAGCCUUGGUUAAACUCAUGAAGCCAAAGAAAGAAGCUACAAGAGAACGGUUGAAAUCCUCAACAGAGAGCCCUCCAUGGCACUCAGAAAGCACAGACACAGCUGGGUCACCAUCACCAUCACAGCUGCCCAAGCAGCAGGAGAAUCUGGAGAACACCUCCGCAGAGUCUGGCUCAGUGGAAGGCAGAGAGCAGAAUAAUGGACCUCUGGGGAAAGUGGAUUCAAAGCCGAAGAGAAAUUCUCAUUAUGGAGGCAGCAGUGACCACAUUGAAAGUGCAACGGACUCUGCUCUUAAGCAGUGCUACGUGGAGCCGAGUUCCAGGACUUACUCUGCCUCAGCCGCCUACCUGGCUGCUCCUGGUUCUACCUCCACCUCUAGACAACAAAACAGACCCAGAGGCCAUAAUUCAGAGGGUGACCUGUAUGAAAACUUCCUUGAGGUAGAGCUUUCAAGCAGGCAGCACAUAUCAAGGCCGAAUAGCUUAGAGAACAGUGAAAAUGCAUCCUCCAGCAGCUCCCCUCUGAACUUCAGAGGUUCUUUUGAUCGUAUUCAUGGCAGAUCAGAGAGUCUCAGUAGUGAAGACACGGUGCUGACUAAAGACACACCUGGCUCACCUAGAGACGGCCUUUUUUGUCCUACCUCGUCUGCUCCUGGGGGCUCAAACACUAAGCACAAUGCCUCCCUUACCAGGAACUCUGCGUUUUCAUACGAUAUAUCUCAGAAAAGUAACCCAGCCCAUGCACAGUCUGCUAGGCAUCGACCACCUUCUCCGGGCAGCGAGUUGGUGACUUUGGAAGAAUUCCUGAAAGAAAGCCACAGAUCAACGCCACUUAAUGACGCAUCCAGCAGAGACGACUUCCUGAGUGACUAUUUCAGAAAAGCAAAUGAGCCUCCAUCUAUUGGAAGUCAACUUUCUCAGGCAAAUAGGAAGGAGGCAGCCAAGAUGCCCACCAUCUACGUCACACCAACCGUAAAGAUGUCUGGUGCUAAUGAAGACGGAAGGCUAGCCAAGCCAGGCCACUAUGUCAAACCAAACCUUCGUCCAACAGAAUCUGAGUUUGCAGCAAACUCCAACAAUUCCUGCAAGCUCCCUCCUGCAUCUCAAAGGGGUUCGAGGCAGGUGGCACAGUCUUCUCAGCAGGGCAGUAACAUGAGCAAGCAGAGCGCAUCGUUGAACCGUGCAUUUAGCUUGGCUUCCGCAGACCUCCUCAGAGCCACUGGUCCAGAGGCAUACAGACGCUAUGACAGCCUUCCAAAGCCUGUGACUGCCGAUCUCCAGCUGGGCAAGGACUCAGAUAUCCAGACCUCUCCACUUCCUGUAGCGGGAGGCUCCCAGGUCUUGCUGAGAGAGAGGCCGCAGUCUGCAAAGGUGGCGGGUUCUCUGCAGAGCGUUAAUUCUCGCUGUCGGCAGCUUGAUGUCAGGCGGCUCUCUCUUGCGCCUCCAAAAGAUGAGAAGUCACUCUUGUUCCCCCUGUUUUCUUCCUCCCCAACCACUUCCAAGGAUGACCUGAACUCUCAGCCACAGGAGCAAGCCAAGCCAGGUUUGGAGCAGCACUGCUCCCCUCCACAAUAUGCUGCUUCUAAGAUCAAAUCCAAGCCGGUGCUGCAGUCUGGGGAGGUGGCCACAGUGACUCCUGUCAGAAUUGUCUCCGGCAGCACGGAAGGGAGCAGCCCCCAGGGGCCGAGCCCGAGUGAGGCCUCUCUUACCAAAGGUCGAUCCCCAGAAAAUAAAAUUCCAGCAGGAGGCACUGAAGAAGCAAACAGAGGGGGCAGCUCCAAGAACCCUCCAUCAUCACCAGAUUCUCAUGCUGAUCAGCAGACUGUUUGGUAUGAAUAUGGCUGUGUGUGAUGCCCUUACCUUCCUCCCCUCACCCCCAAAAAGAGAUGUACAAUAUGUGCUUCACUACUGAAAAUUUGGUGGCGUCAGGAGUGAUGGUGUCUCUAAAUUCAGAGCCACCUGCCAGAUGUCUUAACUCUCUUUUAGAUGCUAACGUACAGCCUUGAUUGGCCUGACGCCUUCCAGGUGUUUUGGACUACCGGCUCCCAUCAUUCCUUGCCAGCCUCAGUGGCCAGGGAUGAUGGGAUUUGUAAUCCAAAAUAAUCUGGAGGGCACUGGGUUGGGGAAAGCAAGUGUAAUGGAACGAAACGCAUUGGUGUACCCUCGAGGUGAAAGAUUGAAUUGCCAAAUGCAGCUGCUGCUCUUGUGCCUAGAUGACUAUGUGGACAGAUCAAGUGUCUCCAUUUCUUCCUGCUCUCCCUCAAACCCAGAAAUUAAGCUGAACUCCUGGAAGCACAGAGUACUUGCAGUGUUGCUUCCCUUUAACUCUCCUGCUGGCCCUGUUGCUCUUCAUUAAUUGGAAAACUGCAUAUGUCUUUGCCUACUGAGUUCAAGCCUUAAUAAAACAUUGCCCGAUAAAACAGGCACCUCCCUCCUAUUUUAAAAUGGCAGGCAAUUUUUACUAAGCUGUUAAGUCUCUUAUUGGGUCUGGGUUGGAGCAGCUGCUGUUUUAAAAACGAGGUGACUAAAACGUAGAGGUCUCUGUCUCAGCCCUUCCCUCUGAUGGCUGUCACAGUACAUUAGGAGGCCUGUUCAAUGUCCUGGGGUUGUGUGUUGUUGUUUUUACUGCACCUGCAUUGUGGUGCAGUGGAGGUGCUGCCUUUUUUAUAUAUAUGGCUAACGUUUUAUGAAAAACACUGGAACGGACGCACUGUUCUUGUGGGGUAACAGUGACUCCAUGCACUAGACUGAUGUGUUCACUACUGCAAAUGUUAUAUUUCUGCGUGGCUCUGCUGGGAGCCACAGGGAAAUGAAUAGAUACUGCAAUUCUGCUUUCCUCCUAAUGUGUACAGUUGCUUGUAUCGUAAAUGAUACGUAGCAGAUUCUUUCGAUGACUUUAUGACUGCUGCAAUCUUCAGGCUAUUUUUUUUCCACCGGAGCCAGUCAUUUUAAGUAGUUGAUAUUUUCAGGCCCAGAUUCUAACACUGUUAACUGGAACUGUGUAGAAACCAAAACACAUUUCUAUGCACAUGAAAUAAAUGCUUUUUUAUUAAAUCAUAUUUAUGCCCAGCUGAAAGACUUUUACAUUUUGGGAGCUUCAUUGAGUGCUUAUGUAUAUCUUGAGUGUUUUGUGUGUUUCUGCUGUUUUUCUUGUAAAGAUGCUUCCCCUCCCUCUCUGUGUGUGACAGAUUACCUUACAACAGAAUUGUAAAAGUUCUCCUGAUUUGUGAUUUACUAUAGUGAGAGAACACACAAAUCUGUAACAAUUGCACAUAACCGGUGACUAGUGUGUAGCGGAUCAUAUUGUAAGAAGAGUGAGAUUGUUUAUAAUAAAGCUUUUUUUAAAUACA